AUGCGAGAUAUCGUACUAGUCGUUUCGUUUGCAUGGAUCCUCGCGAUAGAACGAUGCCUGUGCGGCAAAUUGGAACGGUUUGCUCAUCGACCCAACAACGUUCUCGACGACUAUUACGCCUAUCGUCACAUCUCCAUUAUCCACUUCAAUGUUCCGGAUUGCACGGUCACCGCAGGAUUCAAAUGCUCGGCGAGGAAUGUUUCCGUGUUCCUGAAAUCCGGUAGCUUGCCGUUCGUGCGUCCGGAUGGAUCGAAGAUCGCGGCGAAACUUAUGAAAGGCAGACGACGGUACUAUGCCUUGGACAUGGAGAGCAACGGAGACGAAUACAUGAUAAGAAUCGACGCACCCGCGCCAGGCGAUUGGUACGCCAUCGCGUUCCGAUCGUGGAGCGAUCCCGACAAUGGGAAGAUCACGCAACAAGGACUUGGGGCGUCGUGCGACACCGUGCUGGACGCAGAAUUGCUCUUAGAGUCUGCCUCUGUAGUUUCGCCGAUGGACCCUAAAUUGGAAUACGAGGUGCAUAUGAACGAGAGCGUGGACUCGGCGGUGAUGCAGUUGUUCAUCCCGGACGAGUUCGUGGAUUCGAGUUUGUCGCUGAGGUCGACCUGCGGCGAAGAAUGUAGGAUCGCGGUGCACGUGAUCGCGGAGGAUCACCUGGCAGGAAUGAUAAUGAACACAACGAACGCCACCGUGUUCUUCAAACCGUAUUCGGACGCGUUUCACUAUGUCACCCUCCGGUUGCUCUCCGGUGAAUCCUCGAACGUAUCCCUGCAGUUGCUCGACAAUUCUGCCACGCACGACUCGGAUCAGGUGAAGUCCGUGGAUUUGAUGAGGAAGUCGUUGCCGGAUUUCUUCCUCUUCGACUACGAGCACCUGCGGGGCAACAGUACAAAGCCGUCGGCGUUCAAUCUCACCUCAGACACCCUGUCCGUCCUCAGUUUCGAAAUCGGCCGAGUGUACGACGUCGGCGGUACUUUGACCCUGGGGUUGAAGCUGGUCGACCUGGUGAAGGACAAGGAGAAGAAGAACGUUGUCGUGAUCGCGUGCAUUUCACUAGGUUAUUACUCGAACAUUACUGCUGGCGGGGGCUGUACUCGUACGGAGAACACGACGGCUGCGGACAUUUACGUGAAUUACACAGGGCCAGCCACCCUUCACAUCCCGUUCCCGGAGCCAGGGAUCUGGCACAUAAGUCUGAGAGCGUUCUGCUUGGAGGAGAACUGUCAUUGUGCGGCAACCUGCCUGAACGGGACCGCCUGCGAGGACUGUGACUGCAUGAGCCCGUGCAACACCAAGGUGGAGAGCCGUAUCUCUUCUUUGCCUUGCAUCGAAGGUCGCUGCAACUCUCACGGCAAGUGUAUGCAUUACAUGAGCGGCGGUUUUGUGUUCGCCGCGUGUCACUGUUCCGGCGCUUACAGGGGCUUCGAUUGCGCGGACGACACGUACGUGCUGAGCAACAGCGACAUAAUAGUCCGCGUGCUGUUGCUAACGUUCAGCAACCUGGCGUUCAUCGGCUCCGUUUACGUGGCCGUGCGUCGAGAAUAUUUCACGGAGGCGAUAGUUUACGCUGCCGUGAUGUUCUUCUCCACGUUCUAUCAUGCCUGCGAGGCUGGCGAGGACGUGUACAGCGUGUGCAUCAUGAGACUGAGCGUCUUACAAUUCUGCGACUUCUUCAACGCGCUCUUGUCCAUUUGGGUGACGUUGGUGGCAAUGGCCUCGUUCGGGCCGAAACUCACUGCAUUCUGUCAGAUAACCGGAGCCGUUAUCCUCGCCAUGAGCGCUGAAAUGGAUCGCACGGCACUUUGGGUGUUUCUCCUGCCAGCCAUAACUGGCUCUGCACUGAUCGGCCUAUCUUGGGGCAUGAGAUGCAAAAGGAGAGGCACCGUUCGCUAUCCGUCGCGUCCUUACAGGAGCAUUUAUUUCCCGGCCGGGCUGCUUUUAGUUUCUCUCGGUCUCGUUUGUUACGCCUUCCUGCAGACAAGGAGGAACUACUACAUCGUGCAUAGUUUUUGGCACGUGUGUGUCGCUAUAGGAGCUAUACUCCUUCUACCGAAGCGGCAAUACAUGAAAUGA